AUGGCAGCCCCAUACACGCCGCAAGAUGUGUCGGCCGUCUCCCAGAUGAUCUCGGCUCUGGACAAGGCCCGGAAAGAUAAACGAGGUGCUGGAUUCUCCUGCAAAAAGACCACCUUCUCCGUCAAGCCUUCUCGAGACGGCAUCGAGGUGGACUCAUGGAGGAUGCAGGACUGGGACUAUAAGCGCAAGGGUCUUCCUACAUAUGCUCGCGGCCUAUUCACCACCAAAACCAGCAGAAACACACCGGAAAUCGCAGUCAGAGGCUACGACAAGUUCUUCAACGUCAACGAGGUCAACGAAACCAAGUGGGCCAUGAUUUCUAAGAAUACACGAGGGCCUUAUGAGCUGACUCUGAAGGAGAACGGCUGCAUCAUCUUCGUGGCUGGCCUUGAGGAUGACACUCUGCUUGUUUGCAGCAAGCACUCUACCGGCGACCGUAGCGAUGUUGAGCUCAGCCACGCUCGUGCCGGAGAGAUUCGGAUAGAGAAGCAGCUGGCCGCCGUUGGCAAGACCAAGGAGGAUCUUGCAAGGGAAUUGCGCUCCCGGAAUAUUACUGCCGUAGCAGAGCUUUGCGACGACUCGUUUGAAGAACACAUUCUGGCCUAUGAGAAUGAAAAGGCCGGGCUGUACCUCCACGGAAUCAACCUCAAUCUCCCCGAAUUUGCUACUUACCCAAGUAAUCUGGUGCAGGAGUUUGCAAGCCAGUGGGGCUUCAUCAAGACAGACCUACUAAUAAUGGAGGAUAUAGACCAAGUAAAGACAUUCUUGGAGGAUGUCGCCAAGACGGGAGCCUAUGAUGGCCGCGACGUUGAGGGAUUCGUUAUUCGAUGCAAAAUGUCACCUAACCCUACCCAGCUGCCUUUCCAAGACUGGUUCUUCAAGUACAAGUUUGAGGAACCUUACCUAAUGUACCGACAGUGGCGAGAAUGCACAAAAGCCAUCAUUGCGGGCAAACAGGCCAAGUUCAAAAAGCAUGUCAAGAUCACUGAGGAGUAUCUCCUUUUUGCGCGGAAACAGCUGGCGGGAAACCCGAAACUAUCCAAGGAAUACAAUCAAAAUCACGGAAUCAUCAAGCUGCGAGACGAUUUCCUGGCUUAUAAAAACAUCAAUGGAUCAGACGCUGCCAACCUUGAAGGUUGCGAUCGUGUGAUUAUGUCAGAAGUUACAAAAGACGUCAUCUUGUCACCUAUUGCAACCCUGGGCUGUGGAAAGACUACUCUAGCUCUGGCAUUGACGUACCUAUUUGGCUGGGGCCACAUCCAGAACGAUAAUAUCUCAGGCAAAGGUCGGCCACCGAGAUUCGUCAAGGCAGUUAUGGACCAGUUGAAGCAGCACCCCGUUGUUUACGCAGAUCGCAACAACGCGCAGAAGCACGAGAGAAAACAGCUCAUCGGCGAUAUCAAGACGCAGAGCCCUGAAACUCGAAUUGUCUGCUUAAACUUCCGACAUGACGAAGAAUCCAUUGAUGAGAUCCGGCGGGUAACCCAGGAUCGCGUCAUUGAACGAGGAGACAACCAUCAGACAAUCCAAGCGGCAUCAAAUCAGGACAAAUUCCUCGAGGUGAUGGAAGGCUUCAUUAAGCGGUUCGAGGAAUGCAAUUCCAACUCUGCGCCAGAUGCAGGAUUCGACCUAAUCAUCGAUCUGGAUCCUACGGUUGAUAGCAGACAGAACCUUGAGACACUGGUCAAGGAGCUAAAUCUAUCCCUGCCCAACGUGGUUAAGGAAAUGCCAAGCCCUGAGAAACUCGAUGAGGCUAUGGACUUUGCGCUAGGAUACAGGCCUGACUUUAGACAUACUAUCCCCGACAGAAGCGGAAGAAAGGAUGCCAAGACUGGACAGCAGCCACAGCAGCAGCAGAAGGCACCGAAGAAAAAGGGAUUGGAGUACAUGUCUGUAGAUUUAUCUGCUGACUCUAUUAACAAACUCCUCGACAAGUCAUUCAAGGCAGUUGGCCCGGAGGCGGCCAAGUUUUACUGGCAGCUCAAGAACACCAGAAGAGUACAGCGCAAGUUUCACGUCACGUUGAUGCACAGAGCUACAAAGGACCAAUACCCAGAGUUAUGGAAACGAUAUACGGAUCUCCAUGAGGCUGCUGGCGGAGGCGAUGCCAAGCUCGGUGACUGCGACUUGAUGCUCGAGCGGGUUGUCUUUGACGAUCGUAUCAUGGCCAUUGUUGUCCGCAUUGUCGACGAGGAGGGCAAGUGGGAGUGCGUGAACCGCAUUGCGCAUAUCACGGUGGGAACACGAGAUGAUGGCGUGAAGCCGAAGGAGAGCAACGAUUUGCUAGGCAAGUGGCUGGAAGAAGGCACUGGCGGGGAAGGAAACAAGAUUCAGGAGGUGGUGUUUGAUGAGAAGCCGUUGAUCAAAGGGGCGGUCAAGGGUGUUUUGUCCAGGUAG